GAGGUGGAUUUGAACAGCAGUCGACAACUCAUGUUUGCUUUCAAGAAGAUUCCGCGUCAAAAAUCUCAGGAUCUGCACGAUGAAACUGACGCGACUAGUAAUCGGAAUAAGCAAAAACUUUUUGUCACUAUGUUUGAAUCCAAACGAGCUCAGAUAAUUGUAUACUUGUCAAGUAGACGUUUAUGUUCCUGCUUCAUUUUACUUGGUUGUGAUACACACCUCGCAAUUUUUGGUAAAGCGAUAUUUACUCACUUAUGUGGGCCAAUGAUCACUAUAUGGGGAGGAAAUAUUGGACCAAAUCCUUCCAGCUCAUAUGAUCUUUAUUCACCUACUUCACACACUCCAUUAUCUAUUACUCAAUGCCCACACGAAAAAUCGGAAUAUGUAAAUAAAAAUGCAGCUCAGGGACUUCAAUCUUCCGAAAUCAAAGUUGCUCUAGAGAGUUUGUGUGAUCCAAGUGAUGUUCAAGUUCUGACAGAACGUCUUGGCAAAGAAAUGAGUGUCUUUCGGGACCAUGUGACUGUUUUACACUUCAGUCCUCAUCGGAGUCGAGUCCUAAACUCACUUUCUGAGAUUAAACGGUUCCGUUUUUUGUUUCAUCUGCCAUCAGAAGGCACUGUACCAAAUGCCUCCUUAGCUAAGUUACUUGGGUUUACUUUUCUGGAACAUGAUGGGAGCCUUGGAUAUCAGGUCGCACCAGAAGUUUCACGUAUUUCACUGAGACUUAGCUCCGUCCCCGUAGUUAAUCCAUGUGAUGAUUAUGUAAGGAAAUUACUAAUUUGUGGUCCGAAGGGUGCUGGAAAGUCAUCUCUACUGCGUUUUUUAUCAAACAUAAUCCUUACAGAUGUGGAAUAUCCUCUUAAAGAAAAGUGUGUUGCAGUUCUUGAUUGUGAUAUUGGGCAACCUGAAUUUACUCCGAAUGGAAUUAUAAGUUUGUGUCUAGUCAAAGUGCCACUGUUUGGUCCUCCGUAUACUCAUAUUUUAUCCACUAAUGUAAAUAUUCUCCGUCAGUGUUUUGUCGGUUGCAUUACACCCUCUGAUGAUCCCAGUUUCUACUUGAAAUGUCUCAACUUUGUAUAUGAUGCCUACGUUAAUUUACCUGAACCAAAGCCGCGUUUACUAGUCAAUACAAUGGGCUGGAUGCAAGGGCUUGGAUUAACACUGCUGUUAGAACAAAUACUCUUAGUUAAACCAGACCUGAUCAUUCAGCUUCGUACAACGGGAUCUUCAAAUAAUCGCACAAACUCUCCAGAUCUAAAUAGUAGUUCAUUAAAAACUAUGGACACCUGGAAUUCACGGGACAUUUCCAACGAAACAUUUAAUCAUGAUGUGAUUCUUAUAGAAUCUGACGUCAAAUUGUACAAGUAUAAUACAAUAGAUGACCCACGAUACAAUCUUGGUCCUCCUGAUCAUCGCGAUUUAAUGAUGCUGACUUAUUUUAUGUCCACUUUGGCUUGUGCAUAUACUAGCUUACCUUCUAGACUAAAAGAUGAACCUCUUGGACAUCCAGUAGCACAUUUGCUGGAUUGUAUCCCUUACCAAGUUCCAGUUACUGUUCCAUCUAAACAACAAGAUAAAUGUGGAAACGUAAAUGAACAAAAAAAUGUAAUACUCAGUAGCUCUGUUUCUACAUUUGAUGUUCAGCACGACACAUUAGAAAUUGAUUCGUUAUACACUAAUAAGAAUGAUUCAAAUCUUUUGGCCUUUCGGAUAAUGCGCCCAGAUUCUAAUCUAUUUGCAGAAAAUUUUGCUUUUCCAUCAAGUGUCGAUAGUUUAUUAGCUUGUUUAAAUGCUACCCUAGUUGCCCUUUGCGUUGUACCACAACAUAAUAUAACCGAACCAGAUCCUACUUGCAUGUAUCGUUGGAUAUCAUCUAAUCCGGUUUGUGAGUGUGUAGGUCUAGGUGAGUUGUGAAUUUUUAUAUACAUCAAGUUUACGGUACAACAUGAAAAUGAUGCUGAUGGGCAUACUUAUUCUUUGUCAGUUUUCAUGAUAAGUAAUGUAAAAUAUUCUAAUUACAGUUCCUCAUGAAAUUUAUCAGUGCUCUAACGGCUAAUAUAAGUUCAAUGGUAUAUAUAUUUAAAAAUCUGUUUAUGGAAGUGAAAUCCAUUUAUGAUUAUUUAGUCACAUUAUUUCUUUCAUCAUAAGUCACAUUUUUGAAUACAUUCUCAAUAGUAUUAGGUGGUCGGAGGUAGUCUACAGGAUGUACUUGACAUAGGUUUCGUGCUGUUUAACACUCGUCAACAUGGCAUGUCUAUAGUCUUGAUGGAACUAAUGUUCCAUAAGUUAUUCGAAUCUCCUUCAUUCAACUUCACAAUCUACAACUUAACCACUGAGCUAUUCGGGUCUCGACUGUCCUGUAGGGCUGAAGUAUCUACAAUUGACCACUUAUCACUAAUCAUCGUCAUGUUUGUCUAGUCCUUAAGAUUACAACCGUACCUUGUUGACGAAUCCCAACUGACAUGAAAUCUAGGCGUACUAUUUCCUAUCGACUGCCUCCAACCACCUGACAUCUUGACUUCCACACAAUAUCGAGUUUUAAAAAUGUUCCGAAACAUUUGUAUUUUGGUAUGAUGUGAAAUAGCAACAUAUUAAACUCAGAUUUACUCUGUUUAAAACUGAAGUGUCUAGGUUAUAUGCUUUGUUAGUUUUCUUUGAGUUCAAGCCUCGUUUUAUCUAGUUAUCUCAAACUGGUUAGACCUACUAUUCCAACCUGUAAACGAUAAAAUUAGCUAACAACUUAUUAUGUGCAGUGAUGUUCUCCGUUUUUCACUAUAUUGUUUUGUGCUUUCAAUACGUUCACAGUCAAAGUGGACAAAUGAGGUCGGAAAGAAAUUCUACAGUCUAAGUCCAUUUAGUUCAGUUAUGAUUAGUUCGAGAAUGUUUUAGAUUCAUCUGUCUGAUUAUAAAUAACUCUAACAGCGGUUAUUUAAAUAUCUGAAUCAUUUGUCUAUGGGUUUACUGUUAAUACUUUUUGCACCUUAAUGAUACGCGCUGCUGUUUGAAGAACCGAGGUUUGUGUUAUUCUCUUAUUUAUUACAAACAUUUUUUAGCCAUUUGUCGCGCUGUUGAUCCUACUGCUGGUGUAAUUUAUUUAACGACUGGUGUUUCUGAGGAUGAUUUGUUAAAAGUGACAGGAAUUCUGCGUGGUAAUGUCAACUUACCCAAUUGUUUUUUCCUAGAUCAGGUAUAAAUGUGCAAAUGUUUUGCAUCCUAUAAUUCCCGUUUUUAAAAAGAAUUAUUUUCAUAACUUUAAAACGUAUUCAGUUGCUUGCUUGCAUUAUUGUUUAAGCAAACAGAAAGCUUAUGGGGUAUCCUCCUGCAAACCUAAUAAUCAAUCUGUAAAAAUAUGUUGUUCUUUCAUCUCGUGAUUCCACGUUGCAUCUAGUAUCCUUAACUGCGACAUUCAUUAUCAGUACAUUGUGUUACGUAUUAUGCAGGUAGUUCACUCUCACUUCUGAAAACAUUUCGAAAGUGAAAUAUUCAGGAAAAUGUCCAUCAUUAGAUUUAUCUAGUCACUCUAAUCACUUUUAUUUGAGUAGUCCCACUCAUACAAAAGACUAUAUUUUUAUCUCCACAUUAAUAAAUGUGCUUAUGGGCUUAGAAACUAAUUUAUCUUCUAACACACACUCGUCCACCAGGAUUAUUAUUUCCUAACUUUAUAUGAUAUCGUAUGUAUCAGCCAUCAUAAAUUUCAACUUGUUGACCUGAUGUUAAGUGGAUGGAGUUAAUCAGUAGUAACUUGAGAAAUGUCUACCGUUUGUUUUGCUAUUCUCGAAUUUCUCAUUCACCACCUGGGUUGUUAUCUCUUAUAUAUAUAGAACAAGUUUGAUUCAUAAUACUAUGGAGUCAUUCCUUACUGCUUACCUUUGAUUUUUCUAUUCAAAGAAUGUAAAUACUUAUGCGACAAAACGAUUCCUAUAAUAUUAGACUUGUCAAAUACUCAUUAAUGUGUAAUCAGUACCUUUUGAAAUACUGUAUAAUAUAUUAUGCACCAUGCUUUUUCCUUCCCAAAUGAUAUGUAUAUCUUUUGGUCCUGUUGUUUGUAGCUUAGGUAACAGAUCACACAUAAAAUCAAGUGAUAAUCUAUGGGUAUUAUUUUUUUAGCAAGAUAAAAUAUUCUCCGUUAGUAUUAAUUCUUUACAUAUUUCAAAUUAAUAGUUUGCGUUUUUUCUGUCUUGGAUGUUUUAUCUCAUUUCAUCGUGCCACAUGAUACUAUUAUGAAACGAAUCACCACAUCCUUUCAUGUUCCAUUUCUAGCCUUUUUUUCGGACUCAAGUUUAUGAAGAAACUUCAUCCUUCCUCCCCUACUUGGGUCCAGUCAGUACACAGGGAAAAGGACGUGCAGGUUUACCAUCCAGGCGUUCUUACCCUAAAACAAUGCAUCACGCCACCCAUCGUAUGGGCACUUCAGAUGUCAUGGACUAACUUUGUAUUUAUGCACUCAAAUUAAUCCUGAGAAACCUCUUUAUGUAAAGAUUUCACGUGUGUCUUUUCACCCGAAUAGCUUCAACCCGUUGUUGGUUUCUCUUUGACUACUUUUUAUACCGAAUACAAUUUCAUU